AUGGACGCAUUUAUAAUGCUUAUGUGUUGUUACCAAUCUACGAAUGUUGCGUACAACUCACAAUCGCCACACACUUAUGACAAACUAGCUGAAUUCGUUUGUUCAAAAUUCAAGGAACUCACCCCGGGGAACAUAUUGUUUUUCUUCAAAAUACCGGGGUACAAUGAGUUCACAUUACAAAAUGACGUCGACGUGGAAAAUAUGCUUUGUCUUGCGUGGUCGUUCCAGUUACAUGUUGUCGACGUGGUUGUCAAACAAAAUUUGGGUGUGGACACAUGGAUUCAAUCCAAUAAUCAAAGUGUUAGCGGAAAAUUAUCGCUGCAUCGCCCAAGUGAGUUGGACAAUUUUGAGAUAGAUGAUGAGGUUGACUUGUUGCAGACAUUCUGCCCCCAUAAUGAUAAGGGCUGCAAUUGGAAUGUUCAUGCAAGAAAAUUGGAGGCAAAUAGGUUCUUCUACCUCCGCAAAUGGGUUAGUGAACAUACCUGUGGUGUUGCUAUACGCGCGUCCACAAAUCGGCUUGUUGGAUCUGACUUGGUGGUCAACAUCAUGGCAGAGCAGAUACGUGACAGGCCGCUCACACGUCCAACCGAAGUUAUACUUAACAUGAAACAAGAUUACGGCUUGGACAUAACUUACCGUGUGGCGUGGUUUGGGGUUGAAAAAGCAAGGGGGUGGUACAGCGCUGCUGUGAUGGAACACAACCCCGGCAGUUACGUUACCCUCAAGCACGAUGAACACACCCACCGGUUCACAAAAUACUUCAUAUCUUUCAAGGCAUGCAUCGAUGGGUUCACCCACUGCCGUCCACUCAUUUUCCUUGAUGCCACAUUCCUCAAAGGUCAUUUCAAAGGAUUUUUACUAGUAGCCACUGCGAAGGACGGCAACCAAGGGUUAUUUCCACUAGCAUUCGCUGUGGUCGACUCCGAGAACACGACAAACUGGUCGUGGUUUCUACAAAGCCUCGCACAUGUUCUAAAUGGGGACAGACCACUCACAUUUAUUUCAGAUCGGAACGCCGGGUUACUGGAAGCAACGCCAACUGUUUUCUCUAACGCGGAACAUGCCUUCUGUUUGCAGCAUUUGCAAAGAAAUCUGUGUGACAGGUUGCGUUAUACAAAUAGUAUGCACCGGGCUGGGUUGGUGAGCAAAUUACCCCACUGCGCAUAUGUACCAACGGUUAUCGCGUUCAAUGAUAAACUCGAACAAUUCCACAAAUCAGGCCGCGGUGUUGCAUCCGAAUUCCUUGCUACCACACCACCACAACAUUGGGCUAAUGCAUUUUUCAGGGGAAGACGGUACGGUGAGAUGUGCUCAAAUGAUGCAGAAUCAUUCAACUCAUGGAUACGGGAGGCCUGUAAUCUGCCAGUCACCAGGAUGAUUGAUAGCAUCAGAGCCAAAAUAAUGAAUCAAAUGUCAAAGCAUAGAGAUGCAUCCCAAUCAUGGACUGGUACAAUAUGUCCAAAAAUGGAGUCUCGUUUGGAGAAAGCAUUCAACAAAGGCAGGUCAUGGCGAGUCAGCCAAUCAAAUGCAGACGUAUACGAGGUCCACUCAUUCUCUUCGGUUACAGUCAACAUUGGCACCCAAACAUGUUCAUGUUUCCAGUGGCAACUUAAUUGGUUCCCUUGUGCACACGCGAUGGUCGCCGUUAGGAAAAACGGUCAUGAUUUGAACGAUCUUGUAGAACCCUACUUCCAUGUGUCAGAAUACCGUUCGACUUACGCCGCAAGUAUCUUCCCAAUUCCAACCGUGAAACAACCACCGUUUGAUCCGUAUGACUACCUCAUCAACCCCUCCGUUGUCAAACGCCCUCUCGGCAGGCUAAAGAAAAAGCGGAUACUAUUAAGGGGUGAGCAUGUGCAACAGAUCCACUAUGUUAGGUGUGGCCGCAUGGGAAACCACAACAGGAAAACAUGUAAUGAGCCUAUUUAA